ACCUCCCUCCCUCCCUCCCUCUCUCUCUCUCUCUCUCUCUCUCUCUCUCUCUCUCUCUCUCUUGUGGAAACAUUUUGUCAGCAAUGUCGACUCACGACCUUAUGUGUUGUGCAAAUAUUUAGAUGGAACCCGCAAUUGCAACAGCCGCCAAUGCUGGAGAUAUCAACGUCAUGGAAACAGAAGUCAUUCUAAGUGGUCUUUCCCCUGCAAGUGAGGUCAACGAAACCACAGUUCAUCAGCAGACCAGCGGCGGGGGCACAGCCAGUGCUGCAUGUGAAGAGGUGUUCGCAACAAUUCAUAUGGAAACUGAGCAGAUGCUUGCUGACGUGGAUAACAACGAUAGCGGCGCACGAGGGAACAGUGCUGAGAUAGAGAAGGUUGCUGAUCAGUGGGUUGCUGUUCCUGCCUCAAAGAAAGGAACAUGGCGUAACGUAUGUCUGUCAUUUAUCUAUGACAGAGUGUUGAGGUUGAAUGAUGGAGCAACGACCCACGAUGCUUGCCAUUACGCAUUGGAGAUGUAUCGUGUUCUAGAGGCAAAGGGUGAGUUGCUGCUCAACGAUUGCUUAUAUGACAACUUUGACUGCGGACAACUGUGGGUGUUGGGUGGCCAGCAACGCAGGGGGGGGACGCCAAUCAGCCAGGAUGAUGCAAGAAGGGAUCCUCGAUCGGGUUGGGUGCCAUCAGAAAUCCCAUUUGGAUAUGGCCGUGUUAAGAUGCAAGUGCGUGAUAUCAUGGGCAAUGUGUGGAGCGCACAUUACUUGAACAACAUGUUUUCCUUCCGUCAUUUCGACAGAGAAGCGACUGCAGACGAAAAGGUGGCGGUGACAUGUCGGCCACACAAUGCACGCAUCUUUGACCCGCCACUUGGCAAUCCUGUCGAGUUGGCCCUCGGUGAAGGGACGGUGUUUAGUGGUGAGAAGUGCAUCACAUACGUCCACGUAAGGGGGAAAGAAACUACAUUUGAUGGCAUCUGUAUGGACGUAUGGGACCAUGUGGCAAUGCGGAAGGAUGUGGUUGCAACCAGUAACAUUGUGACCCAUGUGAUUCAAGAAGGGCAGUUGUACCAGCAUGUGGCCCGCGACAUGUACGGGUACCAUGUCAAUUGGGUACCUGGUUCUUUGCAUCCAGCAGUUGUUGAUGGCAAAGUGACACUGGCAGCAAGAAUGCAAUCUGCUUUGCAUCGCCUCAACAUUGCGACUUCUGAGGUGGACAGAAAUAGGUCAAGGGAAGAGGGAUGGAAGUUGGUGGCCAGGGAAGCAGAUGUUGCACUUCAUGCAGCAGAUGGACACACUUCAGCAGGGGAAGAAAUUGUGAGAACAGUCUUCAUCGCGCGUUCUCCAAUAAACACAAUGUCCACGCAGGAGGUAGAAGAAGAAGAUGUGUUCAAUGACUGGACAAUGACAGAACAACGACGGGAACGAGGGUUCGAAGACUCUUCUUUACCGAUCGAUUUCGAAUAUGACAUUGACGAAACAAGAGUGAGGAACAAUGAAAAAGAUGCGAGGGCGCCUAACAAUGAGGUGGAAGUGAGUGGCAGCGAUGUGAGCAGCGACGAGGAGGGUGAGGAAUAUGAUGCCUACUGGGACAUGGAAGCAAGGGGGGGACAAGCGUCAAAAGGGUGGGCACAUGCGAUUCUUAGGUUGGCACGUGUAUUCUCUAAUCCCCAUUUACUGUUGCGUGUCGUGCUGAAGGAGGCAACACGUGAGGGUGCACUCCAGUAUGUAGCACUGACGACCAUUAUGAGAUCAUGCUCGAACGGAAGAAGACGGUCACAGGAGAGCAAUCCGGAGGGAGAUAGCACCGGCGACAACACGGACAGAUCCGAGGAGGGCGAAGAGGAAGAGGAAGGCAACAGUGAAGACGAAGAAAGAGAUAUUACAUCUGCUGAAAACAGUGCGAAAUACGGAACAACUGAAAAAAAAGCAGACGCACUAGAGAAUUCAUCGAACGGCAAACAAAUUGUGCAGAGGGAGAAUGUACCGCUACAGGAGUUCAUUGAACUCUCGUUCUGCCUGCUACGAGUGGAUCUGAACUGGACGUGGGAGGACGAUCGGAGGCCCGCGUCAGAGACCGUGGAGCUGCUCAUCAUCCAGGCGUGGAGGACCAACGUGGCGGGAGACCUUCUAGGAUUCGUCUUUGGAGCAGUGGAUCGGGGAAACCGAUCACAGAUCGUGCGCGAACUUACGAUCGUGAUCGCGCGACUGGCCGACGAACUCCCCCUUGACAUCGUCUCUCAGAGCGACGAAGAGCCCGUGCCACAUACCCUCUCAAGGACUCUCGCCCCGAGCCUCCAGUGGUCGGCUUGUAUCGAGGAGCGCUGGGCGGACGACCGUUUUCCCUCUCGCAGCGAGUAUAUCGACGUCCACAUCCUAACUAAUCCCCGGUUCUUUCAGCAACCAACGGCGUUGGAGUGGGCGGCGCUGAGAGCAAAAAAGGAAGCAGAAGAGGAUUCAGAAGGAGAAUUAAGGAGAGAGGCCGGGGAAGCAGCGGCCCGGUUGGCCGAGGACGAGGAAGAAGAACGCGAAGCCGAAGAAGAGUCGGCGGAAGCUGAAGAAGAAGAAGAAGAAGAAGAAGACGCAGAGGAGGAGACUUCGGAAGAAGAGGAGGAAGCCUAUAGUGAGCACAGCGAGGCCGAGCAAAGUGAGGAGGAGGACGAAGAGGACGACGAAGAAGUGGAAAGCGGAGACGACCAGGAGCCAACGCACGUUGACGAGCUCGAGUGGGUGCCAGGACCAGAUUGACGAGAGGAGAACCCUGAGGCUGCCACGCAGCGCAAGAAAGAGGUCGCGGAGGGAAAGCGGCCGGCGAUCGACCCCACAUCGA